UAACUAACUCACUCACUCACCUGAGGGACUCGCAACAACAAAAAGGUCAAGCAAGUGGCGAGCAAGACACAGACUAGAAAGAAAACCCUAACCAGCAAAUGUACACGACGGAGCGGAGGCGCAUGAGCCUCCGGCGGGAACCCGCCGCCUGGCUGCAGGCGUCUGCGGGAAGUAUGUGGCAAGACCCGCUGGCCAUGGAGAUGAGCGCCCGGAGCAGCGCCGCCAAGAACGGCGUCGUUUCGCCCCGGAGCCGCGGCCGCGCCGUGUCGGUGGCCUACAUCGCCAACGACAGGGAGGACGUGGACGCCGUGGACGCCGUGGACGCGGCGGCGAGGGCGGCGAGAGCGGACAGCGCCCCAGCCGAGCGUCACUUGUCCCUGGCGUGUCUGAAGGAGGCGUGUGCCGACUCGCGGGCCUCGUUUCAAAGCAUCCCCUUCGAGAGGAUCUCCAUGGCGACCACGGACGUCCUGGAUAGCUUUUACAACGCAGAUGUGGCUGUGGUGGAGAUGAGCGACUCGUUCUGCCAAGCGUCCCUCUUUUAUCACCUGGGAGUGAGGGAAAGUUUCAGCAUGACCAACAACAUCAUCCUGUACUGUUAUAAAGAGGAUACAGAUCUGCAGGCUGUCAAAGAGCAGUGCGGAAGCUACACGUUCGUGCCUUACGUGGUGUCGCCUCAGGGCAAAGCGUUUGCCUGCGACGGUACACUGAUGACUGGCAUCAAAGAGUUGAUGCAGACCACUUUCCAGUUGGAUUCGCUUCUCACGCCAUUGGCGGAGCGACUCACACAUUUGCUCGACACCGUGGAUGUGCAAUCCAGCGAAUACUUCCGAGAGUCCAUUAGGCACGACAUCCGCUUGGCAAGGGAGCGCUUCAGUGGUCAGGCCCUGAGCCAGGAGCUGAAUCGCAUCCAGAUGCGUCUGGACAGUGUGGAGCUUCACCCUGAUAUCGUCAUGAACCUGCUGCUGUCCUACAGGGACAUUCAGGAUUACGAUGCUAUGAUCAAACUGGUGGAGAUGCUGAACAACCUACCCAUGUGUCUCGUGGCAAGACAUCAAAAUAUAAAGUUUCACUAUAUCUUUGCUCUCAACAGGAGGAAUCAACCAGGCGAUCGUACCAAGGCUUUAGAGGAGGUCCUUCCCAUUGUGCAAUCAGAAGGCACGGUGGUGUCCGACUCCAUCCAUCCAUCCAUCCAUCCAUGGGUUUGGCUCACAUACAGUGCUGUUUUUGAACAAUCCCUGUGUGGUUUGUCAAGAGUGCCAGAGGACUCUGCACUGGACAUGAGCAGCCCAGCGUCCACAGGCGAGAACAUGGGCUUGUUCAUGCUGAGGAAAGACAGCGAGAGGAGGGCCACGCUGCACCGGGUGCUCACCGACGACGUGGCCAAGGUGGUGGCCAACAUACAGGAAGCCUUGCCAGAGUUUGAGAGGUCAUCGCUCACGUCAGACUACAUCACCGAGCUUGUUUGCUGUCUACGGGACAACAUCUGCUCGCCAGACAAGAAGCGGCUGACCGGCUGCCUGCGGGACCUCCGAGCCACGCUACUAUCCGCCGCCAUACCUCUCAACAGCCUGCAGGCGGUGCUGUUCAGCUUCCAGGACGCAGUGAAGAAGGUGUUGAGGCAAGAGCAGGUGAAGCCUCAUUGGAUGUUCGCACUCGACAAUCUUCUGAGGCAGGCCGUGCAGGACGCCAUCACUGUGCUUCUUCCAGAACUGAAACUCCAGCUGCAGUCGUCCUUUGAGACAGAGGACAGCACUCCUGAGGAUGCGUCGGCUGAGACAAAGUCUGUCCACCAGGAGGCGGAGGCGACAGAACCCCAACGGUCCAUGGACAAGAUCCCGGAACCGCCAAGCCUCAUGGACACCAUCCUGGACAGCAACUGCUCGCUCGGUGACGAACUGAAGGACCUCCGACUGGAGACCAGAAGACUGCUGAGGCUGUUGAGUGACAAGGAGCGAGAGUACCAGCACCUACUGAAGACUUCAGUCCAGAAGAAGCAGGAGGACAUUGAUGCUAUCAGAGGACACACUCCAGAUGACAGGUUGACUGCAUCCACGAGCCGUGCGGACGUGAUGGACAUGGUUGCCUGGCUGGAGACCAUCCCGGUAGACCAGCACACCAUUGAGAAGUUGGUGGCUCACGAGUUCACGUUGGACUGUCUUCUGCAAAUAGCCUGCAGGGACGACUUGAUGUACUGUGGGAUAAGGGGAGGCAUGCUGUGUCGCAUUUGGGCGGCCAUUACGGCUUACAGGAAGGCUCACCCUGACACGUUUGACCAGGACGGUGCUGGACGUUAACGCUGAUGCUUUAGUGGACAGGCUGGACCUGUUUCGGGCGCUAUCACCAUGAUUUUCUUACUUUUAACUCUGUACAUUUCAAUGUAAAUAUUUAACGUCUCAGGGUCAUUUUUUUAUAUUGCAUGCGGUGUACCUCAUUGUUGACUUUUUUUUUACAAGAGCGUCGCUGAAUGUCAGUACUCCAUCUGGUGGAAACAAAUAAACUACUAGCAUGCCGCUUACCGCGUCACGUCAAUUGAAACUCAUCCUUGCUUGUUUCCUGUAAAAUGCCGACCUAAUUUUCGUAAUAUUUGUUGUCAUUAGGGCGGCUUUUGGUGGUGGUGGGGGUUCAGUCUCCGGCUUUUUCCGAGGAUUGGGGACACCACACCCGGGUGCUCCAUCUGUGGGAUUAGCAACAGCACCCACAUCACAUCACAUCACAUAGCAGCAGUCACGGCAUUGUUUUGUAUCGGCACCGCAUCUGCGGGAUGGGCUUUAUUAUGACAACUUUGGAUUGUGUGUGAGCAAUAUGAGCUC